UGAAAGGCCUGUAACUGCACACACUGCAACGGAUUGAGCCUCUCGAUAUGGACGAUAUAAACACAGAAGCUACAGACCCUUGUACUGACGGAGCUUCAGGAGUACCCAGAGAAAACGAUGCCGACGGGGAGAUGGAGGACUCAGGCAGACCAUUAGACGCGCAGAAUGCAAGGAACGACGAAGCACAGGAAAAUGGAAACGGAGACGGGGCGUGUGGUAGCGAAUUGUUCUGUUUAAUAUCUUCCGUGAUUUUAAUGAUCGCCGACCAAAUUUUAGACGGGAUGAACGUCUACUCUUUCUACAAAGGCGGGGAUUCCGUGUUCUUUUGGCUGAGUCUGGUGUUUACGAUUGUGCCUGCAUUGUAUAUUCACCUGGGCGCCACUAUGACGAUUGGACAGCCAUCAGAUUCAACCCCUGACGCAAUGAAACUAUCCCGGUGGCAGGUCCUGCUGUGUUAUCCGUUCGCCCCGAUAAUUCUACUAGGGAUGGCUAUAUAUAGCCAUUGUAGAGGAAACACUAAAGAGAAGAAAAGAUUAAAAGAGAGUAUCACCAUUAUAAAAGUAAAUGAAGGCUUCUUUGAAGCUGUGCCGCAGCUAUUCAUCCAAAUGACUGCCUUGAGAAUG